AUUCUUCUCACUAAAGUGGUCAUCGAAAGAGAGCCGCACUGAACCAACCCCACCGCCAGCAACAGCACCACCAACCCCACCGACCCGCGGAUCCAACCUGACCUGAGAGGUCACCCCCUGGCUACGCCGGCCGAGCUGCGGUGUGGGAGGACUGAGACGGACGACAGCGGAGGAGUCAUUCAACACCAUGACAUAGAUUGAGUGGUUCAUGAAGAUAUAUAGAAGGACACGCACAGACUCUCUUUGUGGCUCAAUGUGUACUUAAGGGAACACAGGGUUUGUGAGCCACUUGAAAUGCACUCAUCCAGAUAGCUUGCGUAGUCAAGUGUGUUUUCGUGAGGUGCAGCAGAGUAUUUACUACCUAGAUAGGAAAAGAAAACUCAGACGAGAUGGGUCAACUGGAAACUGAAGGCGGCGGCAGCAGCAUCAUCAAGGAAUGGAGUGGACAGGUCCAACCCGCUCUUGUCGCCACGCUGGUCUUCCUCUUCUGUCUGGAAGCCUGUCUGUGGGUCAGGAACCUCAGGCUCAAGAGAAGACUCCCAGGACCGUUUGCCUGGCCCGUGGUGGGCAACGCCAUGCAGCUGGGCCAGAUGCCCCACAUCACCUUCUCCCGGCUGGCUAAGAAAUACGGCAACGUGUACCAGAUACGCCUGGGAGGCAACGACAUCGUGGUUCUGAACGGAGACAAGGCGAUCCGGGAGGCUCUGAUUGAGCACAGCACUGAAUUUGCGGGCAGACCCGACUUUGUGUCUUUCCAGGCGGUCUCAGGAGGGAACAGCAUGACCUUUUCAAGCUACAGCAAACAGUGGAAGAUGCACAGGAAGAUUGCUCAGUCCACCCUCAGGGCUUUCUCCUCGGCCAACAGUCAGACCAAGAGAGCCUUUGAGGGACACGUAGUGGCCGAGGCCACCGAGCUGGUCGGAAUCUUCCACAGCCUCAGUGCCGAAGGGCGAUACUUCAACCCAGGCCAUGCUCUGACGGUCGCCGCGGCCAACGUGAUCUGCGCCUUGUGCUUCGGAAAACGCUACGGCCACGAAGACGAGGAGUUCAAAACGCUGUUGGGGAGGGUGGAGAAGUUUGGGGAGACGGUGGGGGCCGGCAGCUUGGUCGACGUCAUGCCCUGGCUACGGUCCUUCCCAAACCCGGUCCGCACCAUCUUCCUGGAUUUCCUGGACCUGAACCGGCAGUACUUUGACUUCAUCCAGAGUAAGGUGGUGGCGGACAGGGAGACGUUUAACCCCGAGGUCACACGGGGCAUGAGCGACGCUAUCAUCGGCGUGAUCGAGGCCGAGGGGAACACCGGGCUCACGGAGGCCCACACGGAGAGCACCGUGUCGGACCUGAUCGGGGCAGGCCUGGACACCAUCUCCACCGCGCUGCACUGGAACUGCCUGCUGCUGGCCAAGUACCCGGACAUCCAGACCCGGCUGCAGGAGACCAUCGACCGGGAGGUGGGGCGCGACAGGCUGCCCACGAUGGAGGACAGGAGCGCGCUGGCGUACCUGGACGCCUUCACCUACGAGACCAUGCGCUACAUCAGCUACGUGCCCGUCACCAUCCCCCACUCCACCACGUCGGACGUCACCCUGGACGGCCUGCUCAUCCUCAAGGACACGGUGGUGUUUGUCAACCAGUCGUCCGUGAACCACGAUCCGCUGACCUGGAAGGACCCACAUGUCUUUGACCCCUCGCGCUUCCUGGAUGAGGACGGCCGCCUGGACAAGGACCUCACGAACAACGUCAUGAUCUUCUCCGCGGGGAAGAGGCGCUGCAUCGGAGACCAGAUCGCCAAGGUGGAGCUCUUUUUGUUUCUGGCCAUCCUGAUCCACCAGUGUCACUUUGAGAAGAAUCCCAGCCGGGAUCUGCACUUGAACUACACCUAUGGGCUGACCCUCAAGCCGCUAGAUUACAAGAUCUCAGCCAAACUCAGAGGAGAAUCUCUCAUUGGUACAUGAUUGACUUUGCACACUGCCACCUUUAUGUGUGGGGCACUAUUCGGUAUGUACUCUACUAGAUACAUUUCUCAUGUGUUUUUAAGACCACAUUUGUUAUGUCAUAAGCUCUUUUAUUAUCUGAGAUAAUAUGUCUUAACUUUUAUAUUGCACCCCAUUUGCAAACCUUUACGAGGGUAUUAAAUUCAAUGAGCCUACAAUUGACACAUUACCGAGUGGAAUGAGAGAGUCCUUUAUCGUCUGUAAGGGCUUUGUUGUUUCAAUGUUUUCCCCGUAUGUAAGCUAUUCAGUCUGGAUAUUCAGCACCACUUUUAUUAUAACUCUUUUUGCAUUAAAGAUUUAAAGUGAUGAUUACUGUGUUUGUAAAAGUAACUCUAUGAAUGAAAUCGAUUCAUACAUCUGCCUCAUUUUAUCCUUGAUACUCUCUGGCGGCAAUAUGGAAUGUAUAUUUGUGUCCCGCUAUAACAAUACUAAAAUGUUUCAGAAGUACAGCAUUCUGCUCAACAUGUUUCAAUAAACGAGCCCUGGUUUUAAGUAAGGGAACUUUGCAUUGGAUGUACGCGAGGAACUUCCUGAUUAAAGACACCAAUGACA